CCGGAAAGCGACCUAGUUUUUCACCUUUGGUCAGUUGUUAGUGCAUUAUAGCUUCUGAAUGACAGUGCAGUUCACCAACUUUCAAUCUGCAUGGUAAAUAAGGAAGUUGAACACCUAAUGUAUAUAAUUAUUUUCAAGAAUGGCACAAAAAAUAGCUUCAAGAUUAUAUGAAGAAUUGGAGAAUAUCUUAGAAAAGGAAUUACCUUUCUCCAUCCAAGUAAGUCUUGACCAGGCUUACUAUCCCUUGAAACUUUUACGGAAGAGGUUAUUAAAGAACAGAAUUGUUUGGGUGGACAAAUGGCCUGAUUUCAGAGUUGUGGUAGUUUCAGACGACCGGCACAAGGAUGCUUCACCACAGCGAGUUUAUUGUUUCUGCAGAGACCAGCAUGGCUCAUCCUCUCUGGAUUCAGUACUAAGUCUUGUAUCGGAAUAUCUAUCAAAUUCUCUCCUCAUGUUUGGUUGCCGUCCGAGAGUGGCGGAUGAUUUAAUAAAAUGUCGUGGUUCUUCCGUUCGGCGUUUGAGUUCUGAUGCCUACAUGCUAACUCUUCCCAAGGAAAAUAUCAUUUCUCUACCAAUUCCAGAUGAUUUCAAAGUAACUUGUUUGAGUGAGCAUCAUUUGGAUACAGUAGUCAAAGAAUGGCCAUAUUCUGGAGUGUUUAGUGAUGCUAAGGAGUGGAUCAGAGAGAUGAUAGGGGUAUCACCUAGCGUCUGUGUAGAGAAUAAAGAGGGACAACCCAUAGCUUGGGUGUUACAACAAGACUAUGGCUGUAUUGGAAUGCUGCAAGUAAUAGCUGAAUAUAAAAGAGCAAAACUUGGAAGUGCCGUUACAAUGCUACUUGCACAAAAGUUGCGGGAAGAAGGAUUGUAUAUAUAUUCCGCCGUAAAUGUUGAGAAUAGCCUUUCAGUUGCCUUCCAUAAAAAGAAUGGGUUUCAGUUUCUGCCGGAUUUUCUUGAAGCCUUUGUAGAGUAUGGAUUUAACCAGACUUAACCGACAACAUAUCUGGAUUUAACCAGAUUUAACGGACAAAAUGUAUUACAUGUAUCUGGAUUUAACCAGAUUUAACGACAACAUAUCUAAAUAUAACCAGAUUUAACGAACAACAUAUCUGGAUAUAAGCAGACUUAAAGGAUAACAUAUCUGGAUAUAACCAGACUUAACGGACAACAUACCUUCAUUCAUUUCAAUGGAUAUUGUUCGAAAAUUACGGGAUAAAAUCCCUCAGUAGCCACAAGUUUUCUGAUGAGAAUAGAAAAAAAAGACAUCAUUCUCUAUCCAGAGUUGUCUUCCGCUACGCUCCAUACACCUCUGUCAACGCUCGUUGUACAAGAUUCUUGUACAAGUUUUAAACGGUGAAAAUUUGAAAUUAAAAUAGUAAUUAAUUAUUGUAAUUAUCGAUAAAGAUAAUAAUUAAUCAUUUAUUUUAAAUCUAUCAUCCCUCAAAACAAUUUAUUUCUAAAGUUUUAAGGGAACUAUUUUGCGGACUAAAAAUUAAAAACUUAAUUAAAAAAUCCUUUCAAAGGGUAAAGGAUUAAAUAAAUCCUGUUUUCAGUUGAGAAUUAUAACUAAAAUCGAUUAUAAACACAAUUUUUCAUCAUUUACAAUUUUUCCAAGAAGCGUUGACAGAGGUGUAUGUGGGAGUGUAGCGGGAACGACAACUCUGGAUAGAGAAUGAAAAAGACAUAUAUGCUAUCGCAAAAAUGCUUUUUACUUUGUAAGAAGAAAAUUAAACAAGUGACAUUUUGAAAUUGAUGUUAAGGAGCACGGCUAAUUUAUACCGGUAUUUACAUGUAUAUAAAUUUUUUUAUUGAAAAUCAUACGAAAUGCUGGAGCCGCCAUUGGUUACUGCUGAUUUUAUACUUAGUUCACCUGAGCUGAAAGCUCAAGUGAGCUUUUCUGAUCACCCGUUGUCCGUCCGUCUGUCUGUAAACUUUUCACAUUUUCAACUUCUUCUCAAGAACCACUGGGCCAAUUUUAACCAAACUUGGCACAAAGUAUCCAUGGGUGAAGGGGAGUUUAAAUUGUUAAAAUAAAGGGUCAAGUCUCCUUACAAGGGGAGGUAAUCAAGAAAAGACAAAAAUAGGGUGGGGUCAUUAAAAAAUCUUCUUCUCAAAAACCACUGGGCCAAAAAAGCUGAAACUUAUGUGAAAGCAUCCUGGGAUAGUGUAGAUUCUAAAUUGUUAAAAUCAUAACCCCCGAGGGUAGGACGGGGCCACAAAAGGGAAUCCAAAUUUCACAUUGAAAUAUAUAGGAAAAAUCUUUAAAAAUCUUCUUCUUAAGAACCACUGGGCCAGAAAAGCUGACACUUAUGUGGAAGCAUUCUUGGGUAGUAAAGAUUCUAAAUUGUUUAAAUCAUGACCCCAGGGGGUAGGGCGGGGCCACAAUAGGGAAUCCAAGUUUUACAUUGAAAUAUAUAGGAAAAAUCUUUUAAAAUCUUCUCAAGAACCACUGGGCCAGAAAAGCUGAAACUUAUGUGGAAGCAUCCUCUUGUAGUAUAGAUUCUAAAUUGUUCAAAUCAUGACCCCCGGGGGUAGGGCGGAGCCACAAUAGGGAGUCCAAUUUUUACAUUGAACUAUAUAAGGAAAAUCUUUAGAAAUCUUCUCAAGAACAACUGGGCCAGAAAAACUGAAACUUGUGUAGAAGCAUCCUCAAGUAGUAUAGAUUCUAAAUUGUUCAAAUCAUGACCCCCGAGGAUAGGGCGUGGCCACAACAGGUAUUACAAGGGCGGAAAUCUGGUAAAGAACAUCAUGGCCAAAGUUACUCAGGUGAGCGAUGUGGCCCAUGGACCUCUUGUUUGUAAAAAUGUUUAAUGCUGAAACAAAAGUUAUUACUUGUGUUUGAAUAAAUUCUCAGCGGAUAUGAA